GGACAGACAACGAUAGAGAGAGAGGACAGACAGAGACAGACAGACAUAGACAGACAGGACAGACAGACAUAGAGACGAUAGGUGGCCACUGUUGGACAUGAGGAGCAGAGGGACAGGGCUGUUUGAGUGGUGGAGGAGCCAGCAGGAGACAGGAGAUCUGCUGAGGAGAACCAAUCAGCUGAGACUUCCUCCUGCACACCUGACGCAGUUGCUCGGUGACAGUGGAGUUCGGGCGGCGCUGCAGGGCACCAAGAUGGCGUCUCUGCUGCCGCCGGUCGGUACGGAGGUCUUCAGACGCUUGACACCGGCGUCCCUGGAGAGGAUGCGACAGGAGGCCGAGGAGGCGGAGUCGCAGGUGAAGAAGAAGAAGAACAAAAAGGCGGCAAAGAGCGACCGACCCGAACCGGCCUGUGACCUGGAGGCUGGGAAGCCCCUCCCUUUCUUUUAUGGAGCCCCGCCCCCUGAGCUCCUCAACACCCCAUUGGAAGAGCUGGAUCCUUUCUACCAAUCACAGAAGACGUUCGUAGUGCUCGGUAAAGGAAACGUGCUCUACAGGUUCAGCGCCGAGUCGUCCUGUUACCUGCUGACGCCAUUCAACCUGCUGAGGAGUGCCGCCAUCAGAGUCCUCCUUCACUCUUUAUUCAGUUUGUUCAUGACAGCGACGAUUCUGACCAACUGUGCCUUCAUGAUGCUGAGCGAACCGCCGGCGUGGAGCCGCAGCGCCGAACACGUCUUCACAGCCAUCUACACGCUGGAGGUCAUCAUAAAGGUGACGUCACAAGGACUUUGUCUGGGGCACUUCACCUUCCUCAGAGACCCCUGGAACUGGCUGGACGUCCUGGUCAUCCUCACCGGCCUUCGACCUUUUCUGGAGUCGGGGUUGAAUGAUGUCAUUUUCCUUAGGGUGCCCUGGAACUGGCUAAACUUCCUGAUCAUCAGCAAAAU